CUGGGUGUUUCCUUUCCAAACUCCCAUAAAGGAAAAGCCAUCAUCAUCAUCAUCAACCACCGCCACCAACCGGGAAAAGCGGGUGGGGGCGACCAAAGGGCGGGGGGACCUUUUUUCCACUGCCCGCAAAAGGAGAGCUGACCUGACAGAGGUGACACACACACCGUCACAACGUUCCGUGCACAGCAUUUUCAAAUUUUGUUUUGUAAUUUUUUUAUUUGAAUUUUGACGCCCUUCCUUCCCCUGAUCAACUUCAAUCAAACUAAAAAAGAUAGCCAAAGAGGUAAAGGGAGAAAAUGGCCGAGGAGGAAAAGGAAAAAGCUGCAAUAAUCACUCGAACCCCGGAAGAAGACCAGAACAACUGCAUCCAGGAUAGAAAGGAAGAGACUGACCCUAACCACUCGCCGGCCAACACCGAGCUUCCAACUCCACUUACUGUCAAGUCUCGUGUGUUGUUUCUGCUGGGUGACAUAGCAGCGGGUCCGGCUUAUCGAUUCACUCAAUGGUUGGAGUCUGUUCGUAAACGCAGCGGGAGAUACCGCUCUUCUGGCUUUCCCAGCCGCCCUUCUAGAUUUGAAACUAUGCCAUCGAGUGCAGGGGAAAUAGUUGCUGACCCUAUAAGUCCACUGCCUUCCAAUCAAGGCCCAGAGAUCAGUUUGUGGGAAAGACUUGGAAAGGCUGCUAUGCUGGACAUUGAAUCCAGUGAAUUUUCUUGGGACAUGCUUUCUUCACUACACCAUACUGAACAUAGUAGUAGCACUGAACAAUCUGAGGAUGAAAUGAAUAAAGCUCUUGAGGUCACUGUGAAUUCUGGGGGUGUUGUUUUCUUUGCUCUAUUCAGCAGACCUGAUAAUGAUGAUUUUCUCACAAAAGAAGCAGCAGCUGUCAUAAAGAUAUCCUCUUCAAGGAUGGCAACACAAUCCGAACGCCUCGGUUAUGAAUUUGCUAAAUGUCUAGGAGUCUGCACUCCACAAGCUAGAGUCAUCCACAAUUGUAGCCCAGAAUGGCAACGGAUAAAGGAUGCAGCGGAAAAAGCAAGGGAGACGACAAUAUCAGAGAGAGAUGAAGUUGGUGAAGUUACUUGUUCAGAGCUGUUGGAAGCCCUUGAAUUGAGCCGGUGCCUCCUUCUAAUGAAUUAUGUGCAUGGAUCUCCUCUGCUUGAAAGUUCAGAUGCAUUUGAUUCACCGGAAGCCGCUGAAAUAACAGCUAGAGCCCUUGGCAGGAUCUUGAUGUUGGACCUGGUCAUCAGAAAUGAAGAUAGGCUCCCUUGUCGUCAGCUUGGUUGGCGGGGAAAUUUUGCAAAUUUACUAUUUACUGACCGGGCGACUUUUUCAAAUCUAGAUGUAGAUAUAUGGGAGGAGGCCUUUGAUUCUGUAAAUCGUCGAUACAGGCCAAGAAUAAUCAGGGCUCUUCCGAAGGAAAGAAGGGCCAAAUCAGCAGAUAUCAAAUUGAACACUCAUAACCAUGAGUUAAUAUCUCAAAGCUCUGAUGUUUCUGAUCUUAUGGACUCACCAAAUUCUAGCAGCAUGAGCCUAACAAGCCAGAUAUCUGCUGAAGUAAAGCUCAGUGAUUUUCAUAUAAUCGCAAUUGAUUCUGGUAUUCCUCGCAGACCUCCUGCAGGAAAACGUGCAAAUGACCAAGCAAACUAUCCUAAGCUAGUUGAGCUUCUUCUCAAUAGUACUGAGUACUGCUCUAGCCUCCUAUAUGAUAUAACAGGAGGAAAACUAGGAUCUCCUUCAUUAGAAGAGGCUGAUGCACCUUCUGAUUCAUCUUACUCUGACAGCGGUGCAGUUGUCCAUGGAUUCCGAAGAGGGUUUCGUGCAGCACUCAGGGAUAUGCAGGGAUUCCAUAUAUUCCUUCUCACACUUCAUCAAAAGUUGGAUAGCCUGUUGCGAGCAUUUAUGGCUAUUAUGAAUAAAAGUUCAUCGGGAGAUUUCGACAAGGAUGAUUCGGUGGUUCAUGAGUCCCCUGGAGGUAAGGAACAUGUCAGUAAUGAAAUGCCCACAGAGUUGAGUGAUUCGGAAUCACAGAGAACACCUCUAAGGACAUCGAUUGAGUCUGCUUCUCCCAUCUCACGGGAAGGCUGGCAUGGAAAGUUCUGUAAAGGGAAUGCAGAACCUCUUCGUAGCCUGCGCCUGACUGCAAAACUUCGUGACUUCAAUAAAUUCGCUAAGGUUGACACAGAAUUGAACAAAGAUUUGGAACAGUGGAAUGAAUUGCUUAGAACAGAUGCUGUUAAAUUAUGCCAGGACAACAAUUUCAAUACUGGGUUUUUUGAGGGGAGUGAUACUAAUAGUGUUGUUGAUGCUUAUGAGUUGAAGGUCAGACUGGACCACAUCCUUGAGAGGAUAAUGAUGAUAUCCGAUGCUUCCAACACAGAGAAGCCAUCUUUAAUCACAUGUAACCUGUUCAUUGGUGGAGCUUUGGCUGCAAGAUCUGCAUAUACACUACAACAUUUGGGCAUUACACAUAUACUUUGCUUGUGCUCAAAUGAAAUUGGACAAUCAGAUUCUCAGUAUCAUGACCUUUUUAAAUACAAAAAUUUCUCUAUAAGUGAUAAUGAUGAUACAAAUAUCAGCAGCAUCUUUGAAGAAGCUUCUCAUUUUAUUGAUCAUGUGGAGCAGUCAGGUGGGAGGGUUCUGGUUCACUGUUUUGAAGGGAAAAGUAGAAGUGCCACGGUGGUUCUUGCUUAUUUAAUGCUGAAGAAGAACUUCACUCUAUUAGAAGCAUGGAAUCUCCUAAAAAAGGCUCACCGUCGAGCCCAGCCAAAUGAUGGUUUUGCAAAGAUGCUUUUGGAUCUUGAUAAGAAAGUGCACGGGAAGGUUUCAAUGGAAUGGCAGCAGCGGAGACCAAUGAUGAAGGUGUGCCCAAUCUGUAGGAAGAAUGUAGGCCUAAGCAGCUCCUCACUCAAGCUUCAUCUGCAGAAGGCACACAAGAAGCUCUCCUCUGGGAGUGUGGACAGUGCUAUGACGAUGGAAAUACAGAAGGCUUUGGGUAUACUCAAGUUGAACCGUGGAGGGAGUGUCGGUCCAACUCAGCAGACCCAUUCAAUGGUUGAUGGAUCUGGUGAAUAAUUUGGCUGAUCACAAUUUGAAAAUCUAAAGAAAAUUAUAUCGGCUGCUGCAUUGACGGUUGAACGGAAUUAUAGUUGAAUCAGCACAAGUCAGCAGUCUCAUUAUCAUCGUUGAUAUCAAAAGCUAUCAAUCUGAAGUUAUUUCAUGAGGUUUAUGAACAACCAUGAUAAAGUUUGCUAGAAGAUCAACCCCAAAACUCAGGCUUUGGACUUGGGAACCAGCUUUUUUG